AUGUCUCCUCAAUCGAAGCUAUUUGCCCCCACCACCGUCGGCGCUCUCGAGCUCGACCACCGCAUCGUCAUGGCGCCCUUGACCCGAUUCCGUGCCGGUGCGGACGGCGUACCUGCUCCUGACGCCGUCAAGUACUAUGGUCAGCGUGCUUCAAAGGGCGGUCUGCAAAUCACUGAGGGUAGCAUCAUCUCCCAGGAAGCUGGCGGCUACCCUCACGUUCCAGGCCUCUGGUCCAAGGAGCAAAUCGAAGGUUGGAAGCCUGUCACUGCGGCCGUGCACGCCAAGGGCGGUAAGAUUGUGGUUCAACUGGCUGCUCUCGGACGAGUCGCGGACCCCAAAAUUGUUGACAAGGUCGUUGCUCCCAGCGACAUCCCCCUCCCUGGAGGUCCUCAAACUCUUCACGUCCUGACUGAAGAGGAUAUUGACCGCUAUGUCGAGAGUUUUGCUCAAGCUGCUCGAAACGCCAAUGAGGCUGGGUUCGAUGCCGUGGAGGCACACUUUGCAAGUGGCUAUCUUGGCGACCUGUUCAUCCAGACCGUCAGCAACAAACGUACCGAUUCUUACGCCGCGUCGACCUUCAAAUUUCCCCUCCGAGUUAUUGAAGCCUUUUCCAACGUAGUCGGUGCCGACCGAGUUGGUCUCAAAAUCUCUCCCUUCAGCGACUUCCAAGGAAUGCGCGAAGCCAAGCCCCUCGACACUUUCGUUCCUUUGGUGGACAAGAUUCUCGGUGCUUACCCUAAGCUCGCCUAUGUCCAUGCUGUCGAACCUAGAGUGAACGGCUUCGACAUCAAAGAAGAUGUCGGUGAUGAUACCCUUGAGCCCAUCAGGCAGCUCGUCAAGGAGAAGGGGCAGGGCACCAAGUUCAUCGUGGCUGGUGGUUAUACGCCAGAGGGUGCUAUCGCCCAUGCUGAGGCAACUGACGACUUGAUUGCUAUCGGAAGGUACUUUAUCUCCAACCCCGACAUGGUCUACCGCAUCAAGAACGGAUACCCCUUGGGCGAAUAUAACCGUGACACUUUUUACAGCCCAGGUCCUGUCGGAUACAUCGACUACCCGGAGUACAAUGCUAUCAAGCAAGACCACGGUGCUGACGCGAUCGCUCCCGCCACAGCUUGAGCCGAUUGAAUUAUCUUGCGGUGCUUAGAAAUUAUACACCAUCCGUAGAUGUUUCUAGAUCUGCUACUUCAUUC